AUGUAUGCCAAGCUCUCGAUUCUAGCGCUCUGCGCUGCCGCGUCGGUGAAAGAGGUGGUCGCUGGCCCUCUCCAUCGCCACCCGCACCCCAAGAGGGAGAUUGUCUAUACCGACGUCGUUGUCGUGACCGAGUGGGUGACCACGACCGUCACGGGAGGGGAGGCGCCUGCUACCCAGGAGCCUGUGCCGACAACCACCCCGGUUACGAUUCCCUCCCCUGUUGUCAAGAGUCCACUCCCCGAGCAGACCCCUGCUCCCGAGAACCCGCCGGUCGCGGAAGCCCCUGUCGUCGAGAGUCCCGCACCCGAACCUCCCGUCAAGCAGGCCCCGGUCGAACAGAAUCCCGCUCCCGAGACCUCCUCAGUUGUAGAGGCCUCUGUCGAAAGCCCUCAGCCGGAAACCUAUACUCCGGAACCUUCCCCUGAGCCUACCCCCAGCCCUACCCCUAGCUCUACCCCUAGCUCUACCCCCAGCCUUGCCUCUCGGACUAGCAAGCGGGGAGCUGCGUACAACGACCCCAACCUCGUUAGCGCCCUCGUCGGCUCCUCUAACCAGAUCUCGUGGGCGUACAACUGGGGAUCCGACAGCGGCGGCUUGACUGCUCCGAUUGCCUACUACCCCAUGCUCUGGUCGCCUAUCCCCCUCCACUCCGACAAUUGGGACUCGAAGGCGGAGGCCGCUCUCGCCAGCGGAUCUGACUCCCUGCUCAGCUUCAACGAGCCUGAUAUCGUCAGCCAGGCCAACAUGUCGCCCGCCGAUGCUGCUGCUGGCCACAUCCAGUUCAUGAACAAGUACGCCGGCAGGGCCAGGAUCAGCGCGCCGGCUGUUUCCAGCAGCCAAAACCAAGGGCAGGGUCUCGACUGGCUCAGCCAGUUCUUCACGGCCUGCAACGGCCAAUGCCAGGUAGACUUCUGCGCUGCUCACUGGUACGGCCCCGGCGGCGAGGACGGAGCGAGCUUGUUCCUCGAUCACAUCAAGGACGCCUACGCUCUCUGCCAGAAGCCCAUCUGGAUCACCGAGUUCGCGGCGGAGAGUGGUGACGUCGACACUUUCAUGAGGGUUGUCACUGAGAAGCUCGACAGCGAAGAGUUCAACUUCGUCGAGAAGUACUCGUACUUCAUGGUGAGCCAGGGUAGCAUCAUGGCCGACGCAUCGUCCCUUUCUUCUUUCGGAAAGAUCUUCGCCGGCAUCGCGUAA